AUGUUUGUGGAUAGUCUGAUUGCUGCUCUGGGGCUCGAAAAAGUUCGAUUUCAAAGGGUGGGGGAUGCUUCGAAGAGGUCACUGUCCGGGGGAGAACGGAAGCGUGUUAAUAUUGGGUUGGAAUUGGUCGCAGCACCCCAAGUUUUGGUUUUGGAUGAACCAACAUCAGGCUUGGAUGCUAAAACAGCCCUCGAUCUAAUGGAGCUCCUAAAGAGUUUGGCUAGUAACGGCACCAUUAUUAUUUGCGCGCUCCACCAACCGAGGACCGAAAUAUUUGCUCUUCUUGACGAUUUGUUGCUUCUACAAGCUGGUCAACAGAUGUACUUUGGCUGCACAGCAGAAGCCCUGCAACACUUGGAAGCAUCCGAGAGAGGGUCGUAUUUGAGUCCGAAUCCAGCUGAUAUGAUCAUGGAUGCUCUCGCAAGUGGCUAUUAUCAUUGCCAGUCACCAUCCACUCUCCUCGACAGAAGGGAAAGCAUCCGCGAACCACAAGAAGUCAAUAAAAGACAUGAUGAUGCAAAGGCUUCUGUCAAGUUAUCUCUAAGUUCCAUUCGACUACGACGAGCAUCGUGGCAUAAGCAAGUCGUUUUCGUCUUCGUCCGAGCAGUCUCCUACUCGAGAUGA